AAAAGUAACUUUGUAGACGAAUUAGAAAAAAAUCUAUGCGUCUACAGACAAUUUGCAUCGUUCAUCCACCAAGUCGCCGACCGCCGUCUCCUCAAUCUCCGCCAGCUCUCUGUCUCUCUCAAAUCCUCUUUCGACCACCGCUAAUUUCCUCGCGCCUCCGGUUUUUCUCUGAAGUGCAUUCAGCGGAAGAUUAUUAGAGUUCUUCCUAUUGAACCAGUCUUGAAUUUAUUUCGGGACAUUGCUGAGACACCGUUUCAUUUGACUGAAGAUUUUGGAAGAUUAUGGAUACCGAGAUGAAAUUUAUAUAUCACGAGAGGCAAAAAUUACAAUUCUGCUUAUUGCACUCCCUAAACAAUCUAUACCAGGAGAAAGACGCGUUUACCCGCGCCAAUCUAAAUGCCGUAGCUGAAAAACUUGACUUGGAGGACCCGAACAAGUCUGCCCGUACGCCAUUGUCUGUUGUCUUCAGGUCCCACCACAACGUGUUCACAGGGAAUUACGACAUUAAUGUCUUGAUAGCUGCACUCAAAGAGAGGGGCAAAAUGGUAACUUGGCACGACCGGCGUUGUGGGGCAUCCUCGAUUGAUCUCGACCAACCAGAGGAUAAAUUGUUCGGCAUCAUAGUUAAUGUCCCGGUGAGAAGGUAUGGCGGCCUAUGGAGAAGUCGGCACUGGAUUGCAUUGAGGAAAAUCGAGCGGAUUUGGUACAAUUUGGAUAGUGACUUUCCCACACCGUAUGCUUUUAGAAACACGGAUGAAAUACGGGAGUUUUUGGAUGGCGUAAUAUCGAGCGGUGGUGAGGUUUUUCUUGUCAAGAAUAUGGAAGAAGAAUGAGGCUGAGUUUGGGUACAUAUUACAUGAUGUUUUGUUGUUUGGUUUGGAUGGAUAAUUUGUAUGUAGUUGUUUUUGAUGAAUGCUUUUUUAACUGGGAAAUGAAUUUAUAAAGAUGUGACUCAAGUGAUCAUAUUCAUCCCCAUUGAAUGCCCAAAGGUUUCCAACUACGUCUCA